AUGGACCAUAAAACUGCUACGGUAGAUGGAAGUAUACCCGGAAAUAUAUAUUCAUGCGCUAGUGCUCAGUUACACAACGUCACGAGCAACCCGGAGGAGUCGCCCAGUAGCUGCAACGGUGUGCUCUCCGCAACAGCAAUAGGGCGGCAAGUGAAGCAGCGGCCGCCGCCCCUCUUCUCCUUAACUCCACCGUCAUUGCUUCCCCCUACAGAGCCACUUCACAUUCCCUCCAGUUUACAGCUCACAGCCCAUGCUUCCAGCACUGUUACACCCAAACGGGACCGGUUUCAGCAGUUGCGCCCACCUUUACUGAACCGCUCCGCGUGCAGCACCGCUGCUGGUGCCUCGGUGGCUUCACUCAAUAUGUUGGCUCCAGAAGACUUUUUUGGUCACCACCCGCGGGCGCAGUGGAUAUCGCUGUCCGAUGAUGGUCAGCAUCUACAUGUUGGUCCCUUUAUUGUUUCUGGUGAUGGGUGUCUCACUAUGGAAAGUGUCUUGCAACUCAAUGCAAAUCUUGGGAUUCACGGAGGGGAAGUUUCCCCAGCCCCAUUGGGCUCACACGGUCGUCGCUCAGUACCCGGGGCGCUGCUGAAGCCAAAGCUUUCGUUAACGACGGAACCACUGUCCAACAACUCUUUUACGCUACUGUCUACUAGCCUCGACACGCCAUACAGCCCCAUCACAUAUUCGCUAAAUGCCCAUAACGCCAAAACUUCGGGGUUUACCACACCGCGACCCACAUUUGCUGCCGCUGGUGGUGAUAGCGCAACGCACACGUACGUCAUGCCAAGCUUUAAUCUCCCGUCACCCUCCGUGCUCCCCCCCAACAACGCCGACUCCAGCAGCAGCAAUGAACCUGGUCUUACCGCUGUAAAGUACAGUGAUGUCAAACUAAAGUCAAUUGUGGGUGAGGGGGCGUCGGCAAACGUGUACAUGGCAGAACAUUAUCCCACUGGGAAGUUGCUCGCCGUCAAACGCAUUGACCUCUCCUCGAUGAUUUAUGGAUGGGAACAUAUGAACAUUUGCCGUACGCACAGUGUGCGGGCAUCGCCUUACAUCCGACAGCUUCACCGCUUUGUUUUGCGUGAGCUCCAAACACUUCAUAUGGCUUACCGGAACCCAUUCAUGGUAAAGGUGUACAACGCGUUCUUUAAUAAAGAAGAAAUGGCACUCGACUUUGUGAUGGAAUACAUGCACUACGGCGGUCUGGACCGGUUGCAGAGAUUACUCGGUGGUUAUGUCACGGAUAACGACGUGUCUAACGGUGUAAGUACCGGCAACGAUGUGAACUGUCAAGUCGUUAGUGCGGGCGGUAGUAGGACAAAAAAGCGGCAGAACCAAAACGGUGGCACGCAUGGUGCGAGGCGACGUAAUCGUAGCAAUCGUCACAAUGGCGAUGGGGCGGUGUGCAUGACCGAGGAAAAGGAAAUGAGGGAAAGUGAAGUGGAUGCGAAGGAUGAGCGAAAAGUGGUUUCAGUACCUGAGAGGCUCGUUGCCGUGGUGGGCGAGCAGCUUCUGCGCGGUGUGGAACAUAUGCACAGCAGGGGUUUCGUCCACCGUGACAUUAAACCUGGUAACGUCCUAAUCAACAACAGAGGAAUAGUGAAACUUGGUGAUUUUGGGUUAUCCUCUCGAUGUACAGGGGAAGAGGAAAGUGUUGUGUCGCUUCCCCACUUCCCAGCAGACUUUAUCGCGAGUGGUGACACUGGUGCUGACGUCAAAAUUAAAAGCAGAGACGACUCGUGCGAGGAAAGGCGCUGCAACCCACGCGUUAACAACAAACGUGGUAGUGUUGACAACGGGUUUGAGAGCGAUGCCGCCAGUAACAUGAGUGGUAACGGUUAUGGGCACAGCAUAAACGGAAUUCACACGGGCAGUGGCUACGAAUCACCACCCCUCGUGGGAGUUGCGUCCGCUAGUGAAAGCGGUGCAGCCACUGGAGAUGAUCCGCAAUGCUCCGGAACAAGUAAGUAUAUGAGCCCCGAGCGACAGCGGGGAAGGCCUCACGGGAAGCCAAGCGACAUCUGGGCGGUUGGCAUGACGCUGGCGGAGUUCGCUGUUGGACAAUACCCCGUUGACCUCACGGACUGCGCGGACCCAUUUGUAACGAUUCACCGUAUGGAAGAGCCGUUGGAUCUCCGCCGUUUCCCCCGAGAUGUGCCUCUCAGUGACGCAUUUCUGGACUUUAUUCAUUCCUGCAUGGACCCCGAACCUCGGCGCCGUCCCACCGCACGGGAGCUACUCAGUCACCCAUUCUUCAGACAGUGGACGACGACCUUUUCGAUUGAGGCGUAUUUAGAACUCCAUACAGCGGGGUGCUCAAACCUUCAAAAGCGCUGA